GAGGGCCCGGUGGAGGGAGGCGGCGGCGGCGGCGAGAGCCCAGAGCCACAGCCCGGCCGGGGCCGAGCGGAGCGGAGCGGACCGCGGCGGUGGCGGCUGGGCCGGGAGAGGCUGGCACGCCGGCGGCUCCACGAAUCCUCCGGCAUCCGGCCCGGCGGGCCGCCCCCGCUCGCGGCAGCCCCCCGAGCAGCGGCCGGGCACCGGCGCCUUCCCAGCGGGUGAGCCUGAACCAUGGAGCUCCGUGUGGGGAACAAGUACCGCCUGGGCCGGAAGAUCGGGAGUGGAUCCUUUGGAGACAUCUACCUGGGUGCCAACAUCGCUUCUGGUGAAGAAGUCGCCAUCAAGCUCGAAUGUGUGAAAACAAAGCACCCCCAGCUGCACAUCGAGAGCAAGUUCUACAAGAUGAUGCAGGGAGGAGUGGGAAUUCCGUCCAUCAAGUGGUGCGGGGCCGAGGGCGACUACAAUGUCAUGGUCAUGGAGCUGCUGGGGCCCAGCCUCGAGGACCUCUUCAACUUCUGCUCCCGCAAGUUCAGCCUCAAGACGGUGCUGCUCCUGGCUGACCAGAUGAUCAGCCGCAUAGAGUACAUCCACUCCAAGAACUUCAUACACCGGGACGUGAAGCCUGACAACUUCCUCAUGGGGCUGGGGAAGAAGGGCAACCUGGUGUACAUCAUCGAUUUCGGCCUGGCCAAGAAGUACCGGGACGCCCGCACCCACCAGCACAUCCCCUACCGGGAAAACAAGAACCUGACUGGCACUGCCCGCUAUGCCUCCAUCAACACCCACCUGGGCAUCGAGCAAAGCCGCCGAGACGACCUGGAGAGUCUGGGCUAUGUGCUCAUGUACUUCAACCUGGGCUCCCUGCCGUGGCAGGGCCUCAAAGCAGCCACCAAACGCCAGAAGUAUGAGCGGAUCAGCGAGAAGAAGAUGUCCACGCCGAUUGAGGUCCUCUGCAAAGGCUACCCCUCUGAGUUCUCAACAUACCUCAACUUUUGCCGCUCCCUGCGGUUCGACGACAAGCCCGACUACUCGUACCUGCGCCAGCUCUUCCGCAACCUCUUCCACCGGCAGGGCUUCUCCUACGACUACGUCUUCGACUGGAACAUGCUCAAAUUCGGUGCAGCUCGCAAUCCCGAGGACGUGGACCGGGAGCGGCGAGAGCACGAGCGCGAGGAGAGGAUGGGGCAGCUCCGGGGCUCUGCGACCCGGGCCCUGCCCCCCGGCCCGCCCACGGGGGCCACCGCCAACCGGCUCCGCAGUGCUGCAGAGCCUGUGGCUUCUACCCCAGCCUCCCGCAUCCAGCAAGCUGGCAAUACUUCUCCCAGAGCGAUCUCACGGGUGGACAGAGAGAGGAAGGUGAGCAUGAGGCUGCACAGGGGCGCCCCCGCCAACGUUUCGUCCUCCGACCUCACUGGGCGGCAGGAGGUUUCCCGGAUUUCAGCCUCACAGACGAGCGUGCCGUUUGACCACCUCGGGAAGUGAGGAGGAGCCACCGGCGGACCAGUAUUGCUUAGUGUCUUCACUGUAUUUUCUUCCUAAAAAAAAAAACAACCAAAAGAUGGGGGGAAAAAACCACUCAAAAGGACAAAAAAGAAAAAAACCCAGCACAAAAGCGACGAUGGAUUUUGUUUUUCUUUUUUUCUUUUCUUCUUCUUCCUUUUUUUAUUUUAUUUUAUUUUUUAUUUUUGCCAACGGCAAGAAGAUGAGAUGCCUUCAGCACCGAGGAUUCUUGUCCCUUCACAUUUCCCCGCUGCCUUCAGGCUGCCAAAGGCUCCCCAGACACUGGGCUGCAUGCAGCAGACCCCGAGGAGGCCGUGCUGGGCGCUGACAGGGCUGGGAGGGAGCAGCUCAGCCGCGAGGCUCUUCCUGGCCCUCCGGAGGCGGCCUGAGGAGCCUGAAGUGGUGCGAUCCUUCAUUUGGUUGGGGGCAGGUCCCACCAGGUGUUCUUGAGCUUCAGAACCACCGGAGACAAGCACAGCCCCCACGCCCUGAGGUGGCAGUGGCUGACCUUCUGCGUGGGCUUUUUCCAGUGUCCUCCCCCUGAACAUUUGGCUCUUUCUUUGCCUUUCCACAGGGACUUUAAGUAGUAGGUGGCACGGUGGCGGGGGCCGAGAUCCCUCGUGUGCGUGCGUCUAUGUAUGUGACCUGUGCCUCCCAGGACAGCGGGGGCCCGCCCCACCUGCCAGGCCAAGCACCUGUUCGCACCCCCCAACAGGGACACGGGUGGGUGGCAGCCUCUGUGUCUCAGGAAGGGCACCAGAGUGUCCUUGCCACCACCAACCCCUCAGCCUGUCAUCACCCUGUGGCAGCCCGGUCCCCCUUUCCUGGAGAUGCCUUCCAGAAAGCUUCCGGGUUACAAAUGAAUUGACUUCCUGGUCCUGACCCUUCCCUGGGCCACCUCCCCUGCACCUGCCUCCGGGGAGGAGCCUGGGGCAAGGCUGGGCCUUGGCUUUGUCCGUCCCUCCUAGUUAACACCCCUUCUUAUUUUUGUUUGUUUUUCCCAUGUGUGUAUUUCCUAAUUUAUUUACCUCCGUUUCCCCUUUUUUCUUUUUCUUUUUUUUUUUAAUUAAAGAGCAAAGCUUUUUAUAACUUUGUAAUUUAAAAAACUGAAAAAAAAAAAUACUGAAGAACUUUGGGGGGAAUUUUGUACUUUUUUCCUGUGUAAAUAUUGGACUUUUUUGAGCUUUAUUGUGGUUGUUAAUUU